AUGAAUUUAAAUAGACCUGAUAAUAAUAAUAAUAAUAAUAAUAAUAAUAAUAAUAAUAAUAAUAAUAAUAAUAAUAAUAAUAAUAAUAAUAAUAAUAAUAAUAAUAAUAAUAAUAAUAAUAGUAUUAAUAAUAGUAAUAUUAUUAAUAAUAAUAAUAAUAAUAAUAAUAAUAAUAAUAAUAAUAAUAAUAAUAAUAAUAAUAAUAAUAAUAAUAAUAAUAAUAAUAAUAAUAACGAUAGUAAUAAAUCACAAAUACCAAACUAUAUUAUAAAACAAAUUUUAGAAUAUUUUAUAAAAUAUAUACCAAAUAAUGAAAGUACAUUUAAAAUUAGAUUUUGUAAUGAAAUGACCCAACAAGCUAUAUUCACACUUACUACAGUUUGUAAAAGUUGGAGAAGUCAAAUAAUUCCAAAAAUUUUAUUUCCAUCAUAUGGAAUUUCAUAUUCUGGUGAUUUCGAUCAAAUUUAUUAUUUUUCAACUUGGUUGGGUAUCGAAUUCAAAACAAUUAAAAUCAUUGAUUUUCAAGACUGGGGUGAAAUUAAUGAAAAAAAUAAAAUUAAAUCAAAAUUACUCUCAUUUAACACUAGUAACAAUAAUAAUAAUAAUAAUAAUGAAAUAUAUAAUAGUGAAUCAGAAAAUGAUGAUGAUAAUGAAUUAAUGGAAUUAUUUAAAGAACUAAAUAAAGUUUCAAAUAAAAUGAAAUUUUCAGCACUUUUUAAAGAUAAAGUUAAAGUUAUGAAUUUAAUAGAUUAUUGUUUAAAUGGAGAGGAAUUUUUAUUAUUUAAAAAUGUAAAGAUUGUAAAGAUAUUUAUAGAUGAUGAAUUUCCAAUGGUUCAAUUUUUAAAUUCAUUAAAAAGAAUUUUAAAUGGUGGUAUGGCAAAUACAACAAUUAAAAUGUUAAAUCACCAAAAUGAUUCAUCAUCAUCAUCAUCAUCAUCAAUAUUAGAAGGUAAUAAUAAUAAUAAUAAUUCAAACUCAUUAAACGAUCAAAAUGAAUCUUGUAAAAAAAUUAAAAGUUUAUCAAUUUUUUCAGAUGAAGAUUUAGAUUUAUCAAGUGAAACUUUAUCAAGAUUUUUAAUUAAUAAAUGUAAAAAUUUAAAAGAAUUAACAUUAUCAUCACAUAUUGGUUGUGAUAUAUUAAAAUUUGAAAAAUUAUUUUCAUUUACAAAUCCAUCAUCUUGUUUAUUAUCAUUAUCACCAAAUUCAAAUUGUCAACAUCAACAACAUCAACAACAUCAACAACAACAAUUAAUUAAUUCACCAACAAUAGUAUCAACAUGGUCAUUAAAAUCAUUAACAAUUAAAAAUUGUAAAAUUACAAAUGAAGAAAUUAAAUUAUUUUUUAGAUUAAAUCAAAUGAUUGAACAAGUUCAUUUUGAUAAUAGUAUUUGGGAGAAUGAUUUCAAUGAAUUUAUUCAAUUAUUAUCAAGAGAUAAAAAAUUAGAAAAAGUUCAACUAUUUAGUAAAUCACCAUCAAAUAUUCAUAUGACAUCAUUUAUUGAUUUAUUUAAUUCAAAUAAAUCUUUAAAAUCAUUUUCAUUCAAUUCAAUGAUAAAUGAUAAUAAUAGUAAUAAUAAUAAUCAUCAUAUAACAAUAUUUGAUAGAUUUAAAAAUUUUACAUUAGAAACAUUAGAAAUUGAAGAUUUAAAGAGUAGUAUAAUAUUUGAAUAUGGUGAUUUUAAGGAAUUAAAACAUUUAAAAAUUCCAAGAAUUUCUGAAGCUUGUAAACAAAGUUUAUUAAAUAAUAAUCAAAAAACAUUAGAAUCAUUGGUACUUAAUAUGAAAUCAAUUAAAACAACUAUACCACUCCAACAAACUAUUGAUUUCUUAUCAAUUGAACUAUUACCAAAAUUAUCAGAAUUAAUAAUUUUAAAAAUUAAAAUGUUAAAAUCAUUUUCAGGUUUUGUUUCACAUAAUGAUAAUGAAAACAAUAAUAAUAAUGGUGGUGGUGAUAGUUCACCACCAAUUGAUGAAUCGAUUUAUAUAGAAUGGGAGAAAUUAUUUCAAUCAAUUGAAAAGAAUUCAAAAUUAAAUUUACUAAAAUUAAAAGAAUUUUAUAUAUAUAGUAGUUUUUAUAUUAAUGAAAGAGUGAUUUCAGACUUUUUCGAAUCGAAUAAUUCAACAAUAAAGAAAUUCUCAUUAAUUAUAUCAAAAGUUAAAGAUUGGUCAUUAUUAUUAAAUCCAAUAUUAAAUAAUAAAACAUUAGAAUCAAUUUCAAUUGAUAAUACACCAGGUGGUUGGGAUUCUUCAAGUAAUUUAGAUCCAAUUAGAUUCAUCAUUGAUAUUAUUGAACAAAAUAAUCAAAUUUUAAAAUCAUUAGAUAUUAAUUUUAGACUUUCAUCAAUUUCAAAACUUAAUUCAGAUGAUCUAUCAAAUGCAAUCAAUUCAAAUAAUACCUUAACAACUUUAACAUUACCACGUAUAAUUGAAAAAAAUAAUUUAAUUCAUCCAAUUAUUAUUAAAAAAUUAUUAAAUAAUGAAAAUUAUUUAUAA